AUGUGGCGGCGUACUUACUUGCUUCUCGUUCUGAUCCGGCUGUGGUUCGCCCUGUCACCCAGCUACCUACACCCCGACGAGAACUUCCAAGGCCCCGAGGUUAUAGCCGGUCAAAUCUUUAGUUAUCCUGUCCGAAGAACCUGGGAGUUUACCAGCGAGCACCCGAUCCGGAGCGUCUUCCCCCUGUGGCCCGUCUAUGGGCUGCCGAUGUUGCUCCUUCGAUGGCUGUGGAUCGGCAACGGACAUGAUGGCGAGAUUCCGCCCAUCGCAUUGUUUUGGACUUUGCGAGUUCUCAUGUUCUUGAUAAGCUUCGUCUUGGAGGAUUGGGCCCUUCACGAGCUGAUACCCUCGCCACGACAUCGACGUGUUGCUGUGCUUUUGGUGGCAUCGUCAUAUGUCACCUGGACAUAUCAAACACACACCUUUUCUAAUUCAGUCGAGACUCUUGUUGUAGCUUGGAGUCUGGUUUUGAUUCAGCGUAUCGUGGAUACCCGCCAACAAUCGUCGCUUCUGGCUUCAACAGUGCUCGGGAUCGUUGCCGUUUUCGGAGUGUUUAACCGAAUCACAUUCCCAGCGUUCUUGUUGAUUCCUGGCCUUCGUUUGAUACCCCAUUUUUUGAAUAAACCUUUGUCUUUUGCGGCCCUGGCUUCGGCUGCUUCAAUAACCACUGUAAUAGCUAUCGCGCUGGACACCGCUUUCUACUCACCCGAGCCUAUUACUUGGGCCGAUUUAAUCUCCAGACCUACAAUCACUCCGCUCAAUUUCUUCCUCUACAACUCGGACACAGCAAAUCUUGCCCAGCAUGGUACACAUCCGUGGUACCAACAUGUAGCGGCAAAUCUUCCGCAGCUCCUUGGACCUGCAGCUGUUUUGCUCUUUGUUAAACCUCAUUUGUCAUUGAGGCUUUACUCCGCCAUUUCUGGACUUUUCGUUUUGUCCGUCUUCCCGCACCAAGAAGCUCGUUUUCUGUUGCCAACCGUGCCCCUAAUUCUGUCAUCGGUCGAGCUACCCAGAAACAAGACCAUGCUGCGAAUUUGGGCAGGCGCAUGGAUCAUUUUCAACCUAUUUUUGGGAGUGCUAAUGGGCAUUUACCACCAGGGUGGUGUCGUUCCCGGCCAAGUCUUCAUGAGCAAGCAGCCAGACGCCACGGAGGCCAUUUGGUGGAAGACCUACACCCCCCCAAUAUGGCUGCUCAACGGCAAAAACGAGGUUCUACAAACAAGGGACGUCAUGGGUCUGAAAGGCGAUGCAUUGCUGACGCAACUUGCUGACCUCGCCACUUGCGACACGCCUUCUGAUCGACGUAAUCAUGAGUACUUGAAAGAGAAGAAUGGGACAUAUCUUAUCGCGCCAGCUUCAGCGACCUGGCUGGAUCCGUAUUUACCAAACAAGGGACUACAGGGCUUACGAUUCCGAGAAGUCUGGCGCUACAGAAAGCAUUUGAACUUGGAUGACCUCGAUUUUGGGGAUGACGGUAUUUGGAAUACUUUAUCGCGAGUGAUUGGUCGACGGGGCUUGGUUGCGUGGAGGGUAACCAAAAGCUGUCCAAAAUAG